AUGGACGCUAUCAAUCAAAAGCAGGUGAAGGAUCUACCAAAGUCAUUUCGCGAGCGCAAAGAUUUUGAUUUGACAACCCACCCGCAGCUUAAAAAGAAAAUCGAACCGCUCAGUCCAACAGACUUAAAGGAACAAGUCAAAACUGAUGUACCUGUAGUCGUUGAAAGUGUUCCACCUACAAAACCAACCAAAAAGGCUGUUGUCCGUCGUCCCAGAAAGCCGAAAGUUCCUGUUUCAGUUCCGCCGGCUGUCAUAAAUAAGCCUCGUAAAGUAACUCUGGAACAUGAUUGUAUUGCCAUUCCAGUGAAGUCUCGUAAAUCUCGCAAAACUGAAGUUAAGCCAAAGCCUGUUCCUAUUCUCAGCUCGAAAGCUACUGCUGUUCAAAAGAAACCAAAUAGAAUUCGAAAAACCAUUUUUAAGAUAAUUCCUAUUCCCGUGCCUGCCAAAUCCAUACCAGCCAAAUCUAUAUCGGACAAAUCUAUACCUGCCAAAUCCUUACCUGCCAAACCCAUUAUUGCCAAACCCAUUCCUGCCAAACCCAUUCCUGCCAAACCCAUUCCUGCUAAACCCAUUCUUGCCAAACCCAUUCCUGCUAAACCCAUUCUUGCCAAACCCAUUCUUGUCAGUUCAAUUCCUGAUUCUACUACUACUACUAGGAAAAGGGGCCGGCCUAUUAAAAAACCAACUCUUCCUGAAGCAUUGUCACCUCCACCAAGACCUGCAAAGAAACGACGAGUCAAGGUAACCAUUACCAAAUAA